UCCAAAUGACCUGGGCCAAUCUCGCGCCCCAGGGACUCCAACCCACCCUUCAUCUUUUUGGAAUGACUUACUAAUCUCGCAAUAACACCUGUUGGGGGAACACAUCCCCACUCAGCCUGAGGAAAACCAGAGUGUGUUUGAGGAAAGGCAGUGUCUCUGACUGAAGUGGAUCAACUAGGAGUGGCUCCUUGCAGCAUAGAGGGAGGUACUCUUCAAAUUGCCUCUGAAAUCCGAACCUGAAUGAAUGAACACAGACCAUUUUUGAAGACAUGGGGUGUGGAAGUUCCAUUGCCAAAAAACCCAGAGGAUCUGAUAAAGCAAUAAGAGCUGCAAUGAUCAUCCAGAAUUGGUACCGAAGUUACAGCGCUCGGUUGAAGGUUAGACAACGCUAUGCCCUCACCAUCUUCCAGUCAAUCGAAUAUGCUAAUGAACAAGGCCAAAUGCAGCUAUCCAGCUUUUUUACCUUCAUGUUGGAAAAUUAUGCAAAAGCAAAUGAGAAAGAACGUGAAUUAGUAACUCGAAUUUUUCGUAACGACCCUCAGGAGAAGGAUAGAGAGGAUUACGUGAAGAUGAUAAAUGUCCCAGAGUCCUACAAUGGGCCACGACUGCAAUUUCCUCUCACAUUUACAGAUAUUGAUUUACUUAUUGAGGGCUUCAAGCAACAAAAGAUACUUCAUGCUCAUUAUGUCUUAGCGGUGCUAUUUGAAGCCAAGAAAGUCUUGAUGCAGAUGCCGAAUGUCUCCCAUAUAAAAACCUUUCCCAGCAGAGAGAUAACAGUCUGUGGUGAUUUGCAUGGGAAACUGGAUGAUCUAUUUUUGAUCUUCUAUAAGAAUGGUCUUCCUUCAGAGGAAAAUCCUUAUGUUUUCAAUGGUGAUUUUGUAGAUCGAGGAAAAAAUUCCAUUGAGAUCCUCAUGAUCCUGCUAGUGACUUUGCUUGUCUAUCCAAAUGACCUGCACUUGAACAGAGGGAACCAUGAAGACUUUCUGAUGAAUCUGAGGUAUGGCUUCACUAAAGAAAUUAUGACUAAAUACAAGCUCUAUGGAGGAAAAAUCUUGAAAAUCUUGGAAGAAGUCUACACCUGGCUCCCAAUUGCUACAGUGGUUGAUAAUGAAAUUCUGAUCUUACAUGGCGGUCUGUCAGAGUCCACGGACCUGAAUUUACUCCAUCGUAUAGAAAGACAAAAAAUGAAAUCUGUGCUGAUACCACCAAUUUCACCAGAUGAAGAAGAUAUGAUUGACUCAAGGAAAAAUAAGGGAGGUGGCAGGAAAGGCAGGACAAGUGUAAUCCUUUCUGAACAGUUACUACAACAUGAAUGGGAACAGCUCGUGGACAUUCUGUGGAGUGACCCCAGAGGCAAAAGAGGCUGCUACCCAAACAAAAGCCGAGGAGGAGGCUGUUAUUUUGGACCAGAUGUUACAUCCAAGAUUCUUAAUAAAUACCAUUUGAAGUUGCUUGUUCGUUCUCAUGAGUGUAAACCAGAUGGUUAUGAAAUCUGCCAUGACGGGAAGGUUAUUACCGUGUUUUCUGCGUCUAAUUAUUAUGAAGAAGGAAGCAAUCGAGGAGCUUACAUCAAACUUCGUCAUUGUAUGGCCCCUCGAUUUAUCCAAUACCAAGUUACUAAGUCAACAUGUCCAAGAACUCUUUACCAAAGGGUGAAUACUAUCGAAGGUAGUGCCAUCAGGAUGUUAAAAGAGAGAAUGAUAGCACGGAAAACUGACCUCGUUCGCACUUUUGAAGCACAUGACCACACAAAAUCAGGAAAAGUUUCUCUGGGCCAGUGGGCUUUUUCCAUGGAGAGCGUUAUGGAGUUAAACUUACCGUGGAGAUCCCUGAGUGCACAUUUGGUGAAUACAGACAAAGAUGGAAAGAUCAACUACAUGUCUAGCUUUGAAGAUGUCCUCAUUCAAAAACCUGUGAAAGAGGUUCAGUCUUCUAUAAUUGAGACUCUCUGCAGAUACCGAUCUGACCUGAAGAUCAUAUUUAAUGUUAUUGACACUGAUCACUCAGGCUUGAUCUCUGUGGAGGAAUUUCGAGACAUGUGGAAACUUUUCAAAACUCAUUACAGUGUUCAUAUUGAUGAUUCUCAAGUUGACGAGCUUGCCAACAAAAUGGACUUAAACAAGGAUGGAAGCAUUGAUUUUAACGAGUUCUUAAAGGCUUUCCAUGUAGUACAUAAAUUUGAUACAAAGUAAAUACUAGACAUCAAGAAUUAGGAACUCCCUCAGGCUCCAUGUACACACUAAGACCACUGACACAACUUUCCUCAGCCCCUUAAAAUUCAUAGUCAGGAGUCGAGAAGAGUAGAUCCUAACUUAUUCCACAGCUCUAUGCAUAGUGUGGGUGUUGGAAGUGAAGUACAUAGUGAAUUGUUGGUAAGACUAUUUUAAAUGACUUUGACAAAGUUUGGUUCUAGUGUAAGAAACUACAUAUUACCAGUCAACAACUAGUUUUGAGUUUUGUGUCACCCAACCAGGAGACCAGAUCAGCCUAGAAGUAAACUGGAAAAAAAGAUUUAAGUCCCACAUUACUUCAGGAAAACCAAGUGAAUGGCUGAGGGUUGGGAAGAUGAAUAUUAAACUAUCAGUUCAA